UUAGAUGAGUAAAAUUCUAGCUCAUUAACGUCAUGACUGUGAGUCGUGUUCGUCUGAGCACAUUAGGAAACAACCAGACAGCUCCGAGGUGCUGAAUCCGUACUUCGCAAACACGGUCUCCUCAUUUUUAUGGCGAAAAAUCGUCGGAAGAAUAAUCUCUCAGGGCACGUUUGGGACUAAAUCUCUUCAGCAACGUUUCACGUCACGGGAAACAAAUUUUAUAGCGAUUGAAGUGCUGUAACCCCGAACAUAACAAUGGCACCCGUUUUAACAAUGGAGUCUUGGAAGAGGUACGUGCUGCUGGUUAUUCUCGUGGAUUUUUCAUUUGUGGAUCAAAUAUCUAUGUCAGUGACUCAUUAUUCCAUUCCGGAAGAGAUGAAAGAAGGAUCAGUCGUUGCCAGUCUUGCUACUGAUCUUAGUCUGGAUUUAAAAACUCUAAAUCAGAGGAAAAUGCGUCUUGAUAUAAUCGCUAACAAGAAAUAUCUGGAUGUGAACAAAGACACCGGAGAACUGUAUGUUGUAGAGAAGAUUGAUAGAGAAUAUAUUUGCCCGACAAAGUCGUUGACAUCUUGUUAUCUUAAACUUGAAGUAAUAUUAGAAAACCCAUUGCGAAUAUUUAAUAUUGAAAUAGAAAUUUUGGACAUGAACGACAACGCCCCACAAUUUCGCAGAGACGCCAUACAUUUAGAUAUAUCUGAAGCGACACCCAAAGGAGAGAGAUUUUCUCUCAGCAAUGCAGCUGAUCCUGAUGUAGGAAUUAAUUCAGUAAAAACAUACCAUCUGAGUGAAAGUGAAUAUUUUAAUAUCGAGGUUCAAACUGGAAGGGAUGGAUCAAAGUUUGCUGAAUUAAUUUUAACAAAGACCUUAGAUCGAGAAAAGCAGGCUGUUCAUAAUUUAAUACUCACAGCUGUAGAUGGAGGAACACCUGCUCGAUCUGGCACAGUCAGCAUUGUUGUUCACGUUUUGGACACCAAUGAUAAUGCUCCUGCAUUUGACAAAUCCAGUCUGAGUGUUAAAAUAACGGAAAAUUCUCCAAUUGGAACCCUUGUUAUUGAUCUCAAUGCAACGGAUUUAGAUGAAGGAUCAAAUUCUGAUCUGACAUACUCAUACAGUUUAUAUACGUCAGAGAAAACACAAGAAACAUUUAAUCUAAAUCCUACCACUGGAGAAAUUACUGUAAAAGGAAUGUUGAACUAUGAAGAUUUCAAGAUUUAUGACAUGGAAGUUAUAGCAACUGAUAAAGGAGCCAAUAGUUUAUCAGGACAAUGUACCAUAAAGAUUCUAGUUGAAGACAUGAAUGACAACCACCCAGAAAUAUCCAUUAAAUCAUUUCAGAGUCCAGUCAAUGAAAACAUAGAAUUAGACACAGUGAUAGCUGUAGUCAGUGUCAGUGAUAAAGACUCAGGUGAUAACGGAGUGGUGGAUCUUCAUAUUCCACAAAAUAUGCCUUUCAAACUGAGGGAGUCCUCUGAUAACUAUUAUGAAUUAGUAGUUUCACAGCCAUUAGACCGUGAGAAGGUCCCAGAAUAUGACAUCACCUUCACUGUCACAGACAGAGGCUCUCCUCCUUUAUCCGACAAUGAAACUAUGACCUUAGAGCUGCUGGAUGUUAAUGACAAUGUCCCACAGUUCCCUCAGUCAUUUUAUACCAUACGUGUGAUGGAGAAUAACGCACCUGGAGCCUUGCUCAGCUCUCUCACUGCGUUUGACCCUGACCUCCAUGAAAACCAGUAUCUGGUUUACUUCAUAUUAGAGAAGGAGAUAGCCAACACCUCCAUGUCCAUGCUGUUCUCCAUCAAUCCAGAGAACGGGAACCUUUACGCACUGAAAACUUUUGAUUACGAGAUCGAGAAGGAGUUUCUGUUCCACAUCGAGGCCAGAGACUCUGGCUCUCCUCCUCUCAGCAGUAACGUGACAGUUCACAUCAUCAUUGUGGACCAGAACGACAACGCUCCGGUCAUUGUGUCUCCGUGGAGAGCUCACGGCUCGGUGGUGGAGGAGAAGAUCCCCAGAUCCACCGAUAAAGGCUCCCUGGUUGCCAAGGUGAUAGCCUUGGACACGGACUCGGUUCACAACUCUCGGAUCACCUACCAGUUCCUGCAGGUGACUGACGCCACCUUGUUCAGUCUGGACCAAUACAACGGAGAGAUCCGGACCAUGAGGAUGUUCAGUUACAGAGAUCCACGCCACCAGAGACUGGUUGUCGUUGCCAAGGACAACGGGGAUCCUGCUCUGUCUGCUACAGUCACCAUCAAGCUGUCCACAGUGGAGACUGCAGUCAAGGCCUACUCUGACAUGACUGAGGUGCCUCUGGAAUAUGACAUCUUUUCUGACCUCAACCUGUAUUUGGUCAUCGGUCUGGGCUCCGUGUCAUUCCUGCUGCUCAUCACCAUCCUGGUCACCAUCGUGCUCAAGUGUCAGAAGCCCAAACCCAGCAAAGCUGCUCCUCCCAGCAGGAACAGUGUGAUCAGUGAGAGGAACUCCACUGUGGCAGAUUCCACUCUGGUCUCCAACGAUGCCUACUGGUACAGUCUGUUUCUAGCAGAGACCAGAAAAGGAAAGCUGGUGGUCAGACAGCCUGUGCCAAAGGGCUCCAGAUACAUCGUGUCCAGUAUACCAAGAGGGACAGGACUGACAGAGACUAGUGAUUCAGCAGCUUCCACUCUGCAGGUGAGAUACUUUUGUUGAUUUAACGCCAUUAGUGGUUCUAACACUAUACACAAGCUGCUUAUUAUUAGAU